UCAACAUUAUCAAACAAUUUUGAUAAUGAAUUGGAUGAUGAUUGUCAAAUUGAUCAAAUUAUUGAUGAUAUUUUUCCUUCCGAUUAUCAAGUGGAUCGCCAUUUUGAUUUUCAAAAAGCUGUUUGGACAGAAAAUAUUGAUGAAACAUUUAAUAUUGCUCAUAGAUUGAUUGAUUUAGGAAGAAAUUUUAGUCGUCGUUUUAGUCCAUUAUUACAACGAAUGUCGCGACAAUUUUCAUUUCUGGCUUAUGAAUUGCAAUUAUCACCACAAUGUAUGGCAUCGUUAGUCAAGAUUGGUCAAGCAAUGAACAAAAAUGAAUUAUGGUCAUUUAAAUUUUUGGAUGCAGCGGGAAAAAUUCCAAGCGGUUUAUUGGAAGGUACGCUAUCUAGUGUCGGUGAUUAUAAUCAAUGUUUAGAAAUACAAAGUCCAUAUUCGGAAAAUAUAAAUUCGCAACAAUUUCGUGGUAAAUAUUGUUUCUUACGUCCUAUUGUUCCGCAUCCACGUGGAAAAGUCAAAAUUCCAUUAGAUCAUUCAUUACCUUACAAUAUACCGAUAAGUUUGGCUGAUGAUAUUUCCGAUGCAUUAUAUUUUUUUAAUCGAUCCUUAAUAAACAUUGGAAUUUGUAUACCAUCAACUUGUUCAGCGGAUGAAAUUCAAUUAACGCUGAAUUCAAUUCUGUAUCCAAUCACAAAGAUACCGAUUGAAAUUGGACCGGAAUCACGAUGUGAUUCAUAUGAUAAACCAAUAGUGUUGGAUAAUUUUCAAUGGAUGGCCAUAUAUGUCUAUUCUGGCCUUUGUUUGUUAACAAUUUUGGCAUCAAUUUAUGAAUAUUUACUAAAACGAUCAUCAUCGAACGAUAAUUCUGUGAAUACAACCAAAAAUGGUGAUGAAAUC